AUGCACGCCGCAUACUGAAUGAAAACAAAUGCGAAAUUCCUCAGAGAAGCGAAAUUUUAAAUAAGAAAAGUCUCUGUAGUUCGAAAGUGUUUAAUUAUAUUAAUUAGAGGCUACUAAAAAUGAAGCUCAGCGUAGAUGGGCUGCUUGUAUAUUUUCCCUACGAAUACAUUUAUCCCGAACAAUAUGCGUAUAUGUUGGAGCUGAAGCGAAGCCUGGACGCCAAGGGGCAUUGUCUGCUGGAGAUGCCUUCGGGAACGGGAAAAACAGCCACGCUGCUCUCCCUAAUUGUCGCCUACAUGAUUGAGCAUCCAGAGAGGAUUCGCAAAUUGAUAUAUUGCUCCCGAACUGUGCCCGAAAUCGAGAAAGUAAUUGCUGAGCUACAGAAUCUAAUGGUCUACUAUGAUAAACAUGCGCAUACGCCGCCGGGGAUGACGGGUCUGGUGCUCAGCUCACGCAAGAACAUGUGCAUCCAUCCGGAGGUGAGCAAGGAGCGCGAGGGCAAAGCUGUCGAUGGCAAAUGCUAUGGAUUAACUGCUAGCUACAUACGUGAACGCCACGAAAUGGAUGCAGAAGUGCCCAUUUGUCAGUAUUUUGAAGGAUUUACCCUGGAGGGCAAAGAGUCGACGUUGCCUGUGGGCAUAUAUAGCAUUGAUGAUCUUAAGGAAUAUGGACGCUCAAGGAACUGGUGUCCUUAUUUUACAGCACGUUACGCGAUUGCACACGCACAUAUUGUGGUCUACAGUUAUCAUUAUCUGUUGGAUCCGAAGAUUGCACAGGUCGUUUCCAAGGAGAUGACACGCGAAUCCUGCGUUGUAUUCGACGAGGCGCAUAAUAUUGAUAAUGUCUGCAUUGACUCCAUGAGCGUGAAAAUCAAUCGACGCACCGUGGAGCGUAGCACGAAUGCUCUCAAUAAUCUCACCAAAUUGGUACAGGAUAUGCGCGAUGAAGAUACGAACCGACUGAAUGAGGAAUAUCAGCGCAUGGUGCAGGGUCUGAAGGAUGCCAGCGUACAACGCGAUACGGACAUGAUUUUGGCCAAUCCAGUGCUGCCCAAAGAUGUCCUCACCGAGGUUGUGCCCGGCAACAUACGCAAUGCGGAUCAUUUUCUCAGUUUCUUGCGCCGCUUCAUCGAAUACAUCAAGACGCGUCUGCGUGUCCAUCACGUCGUCCAGGAAUCGCCGGCAGGCUUCCUCAAAGAUGUAUCCUCCAAGAUAUGCAUCGAACGCAAACCGCUUCGUUUCUGUGCCGAGCGCUUGUCCAGCUUGUUGCGUACGCUGGAAAUUAGCGAUAUGACUGAAUUUGGCGCCCUGACGCUGAUUACCCACUUUGCAACAUUGGUUUCAACGUACACAAAAGGAUUCACAAUUAUCAUUGAGCCUUUUGAUGACAAAACGCCAACUGUUUCGAAUCCCAUAAUGCAUUUUAGCUGCUUGGAUUCAUCGAUUGCCAUGGCGCCAGUUUUUUCGCGCUUUCAAACCGUUGUCAUAACAUCGGGCACUCUUUCGCCCAUGGACAUGUAUCCCAAGAUUCUGGACUUUGAUCCGGUGGUUAUGAGCAGCUUUACAAUGACAUUGGCGCGUCCCUGUUUGCUGCCAAUGAUUGUGUCGAAGGGCAACGAUCAAGUGUCCAUUUCAUCCAAGUUUGAGACACGUGAGGACACUGCGGUGAUUAGGAAUUAUGGCCAGUUAUUGGUGGAGGUGGCUAAAACUGUGCCCGAUGGCAUUGUUUGCUUCUUUACAUCGUAUUUGUAUCUGGAGUCGGUUGUUGCCUCGUGGUAUGAUCAGGGCAUUGUGGACACACUGCUGCGCUACAAACUGCUCUUCAUUGAGACGCAGGACAAUGCGGAGACGAGCUAUGCGCUGAUGAACUAUGUUAAGGCUUGCGAUUGUGGUCGCGGCGCUGUGCUGUUGGCUGUGGCGCGUGGCAAGGUCUCCGAGGGUGUGGAUUUCGAUCAUCAUUAUGGUCGCGCGGUGCUCAUGUUCGGCAUACCCUAUGUGUACACGCAGUCGCGCAUACUCAAGGCGCGUCUCGACUAUCUGCGCGACCAAUUCCAGAUACGUGAGAAUGACUUUCUCACCUUUGAUGCGAUGCGGCAUGCCGCCCAGUGUGUGGGCCGUGCGUUGCGCGGCAAAACCGACUAUGGCAUCAUGAUCUUUGCCGACAAGCGCUUCUCGCGCCAGGAUAAACGUUCGCGUCUGCCCAAAUGGAUACAGGAGCAUCUGGUCGAUAGCUUUUGCAAUCUGAGCACAGAGGAGGCUGUGCAGCUCGCUCGCCGCUGGCUGCGACGCAUGGCCCAGCCGUUUUCACGGGAAGUUCAGCUGGGCAUAUCGCUGCUGACGCUGGCGCAACUCGAGGGCAUGGAGCAGGAGAAACUGGAGCGGCAGGCGCAGGGCAAACAGGGCGUGGGCGGCGAGGUGCAGGAGCUGUAAAAAAAAAAACAAAAACAAAUAUAAAUCAAUAAAAACGAAACCGGUUUUCGUAUCUGGCGCCCGGCUCUGGCUUUGGCUCUGGCUCUUCCUUCCGCAAUGUAUUUUUCCUUUUGACGGGCCAUGUUUGCGGCUGUAUACGAGAAUACACAUAAUUAUAAUAAAAAGUGAAUUUGUUGCCAGCUAAUGGCAUUGAAUGCCUUUAAACGGUGCAACAAAAGCCGAACAAUAA